AUGCCCAAAGAUUCGCGCUUUCGGUGGAGCAAUUUGAUCGACGAUAUCUGUCGCAACGUAUGCCACGAGAUCGACUCGACAGGACAGGUUGAGUUGCUGGAACAGCAGUGGAGAAUAUUUCACGAUCAGCUCAAGGAAAUAUCGGCCAGACCAUCAGGAGAGUUUCCAUCAAAACGCCCGUGUAAAGUCUUUGACGAUGGAGCAAAGGCUUAUGAGUACAUGCAGGCAAAUGAUUGGAAGCAGUAUUACCUUACACCAUCUCAACUUGGAAUCCUACGUGAUCACAUGAUCAGGGUCUACAAGUUUCACUUACUCAAUUUUAUGGCAAAUGACCUUGUCACGUACAGCAUUUUGAGCACAAAGGCUUUUCUAUUCCAAGAGAUGAUGUGUGAAGGAUUGUACAACUGUGCUGCCGAAUCAGGCAUUACAGCUACAGUAUAUGGUAGGAAUAACAAUCGAAAGAUACAACAGUUCGCAAACUCACUCUCCAAGGGUACCAAAGAAGGGCAGCCUGGUACUCUUCAGGAUCUCAGGGUCUUAUUGACUAGCCAUGGCCUUCCCGGAAUUUCUCUGUUGUCUUUCGGAGAGGCCAGGCUGGACACACUCUCUGCUCUUGAAGAGACGGAACUGUCGCUUGUCACCGUUCAACUAUGCUUUGUCAUACUUUGCACCCAGAUUGGUCCCCAAAAUAGCGCUAUUGUGAUGCCCACAGAUUGUACUUCCGGUCUCCUCGUCUGUCUCGAUCUGAGCCGAGCAAUUCUGAAAAGGUGA